UCACCGACCUUACCUGUCGUGUUACACAGACACACCCGGUUACUGCAUAUCAACCAAUCAAAUCUCUGAGAAAGUGAACCUGCUGGAGGUUCACUUCCUGUGUCACCGCUGGGAAAAGAAGCUGGAGGACAUUGAUCUACUUUUAAGUUCUCCUACUUAAGUGUUGCCGUGGUUAAUGGGGAAGGGAACGCUUGAUUGUCCUUAGGCGUACUGCCAAGACUGCACUUAAUUUAACAUGCGAAACGUCGUUCCCAACGCGGGCUGUGAAGACAAGACACGGGAGGGAAAGGAGGGGAAGAUAAGUGUCAUCUGUUGAAACUUGUUUGGGAAUUCAAGGAAGGAGACGCAGAGGAGGGCUGUCGUGGAUAAUGAAAAGAACGCAGUAAGAGUGGAAAUUAAGGAGUGCUCUUAGUUUCAGGCACACUGUAGGCUAUGUGUUUAUUUUUUACAUCAAACACGUUUUUAAUAGAAGAACGUUUUAUGACAAACUGUAACCUUUGAGCUGUGGUUUCUGAAAGCCAAUGCUUUCUCGCUGAACUGGACAGAGGGGAUACAGAAACUCUGCACCACUGCAUUCAGGACUUGCGGAUAAUGGUACCAUGGGGACCAAACGGCCCAGUUGGACCCUAUUUGACACGCAGCCCAAUCAAAACAAAGCUGUCCUUCCCCAUCAGUCAGAUGCACGCAUCUCCGGGGAACCCAGCCAGAGAACCCCCGGGACCACAGGCCCCAGCGACCGAGGCAGGGGGAGACUACGAGAAGAAGAGCGGAGGGGAGCUAGAGAAUCGGAGCGAAUGAACCCUAGGAACAAGAGGAAAGACGGGGAACCGAUGGACUGGUACCCGGGGAGGGAGCCGGUCCCAGGACCCGGAACCAGGGGGGAGAGGGAAUGGACGGUGCGAGAGAGGGAGAAAGUGGAGGAGAAAUUAAGAAAUGGAAGACUGGUGUCGUAUUCAGAGUAUGACAUGGACAAAGUGGCAAAGAAAGGUGGAACAUUUCCCCGAAUGAGAAACGGCAGCAGGGAGCAAGCUAAAAUAAUGACUGCAUUAAGGGAGGAGGAGAUGGACAGGGACCGGAAGGCGCUCACGGAACGGCCAAGAAGAACAGAGAUUGAACGGGAACCGGAGCGAGAAGGGGACAGAGCUAGGCGAACAGAGAGGCAUGGCGAUAGAGAGAGGUACAGAGAAAGAGAGAGGGAUGGCGGGAGACCCAGGGUCAAAGAUGAAGGGAGACCGGGCGGGGGCAGAACCAGGGAGGAGAGGCCGGCACCGCAAAGGGAAAGACUGAGAGAUCCAGACCACAGCUUUCCAGAAAGAAGGAGGGAGAGGGAAGGGGACACCAGCGACUUGAGGGACCGGCGGGAGAGAGAGAUUGCAAGGGAGAGAGAAAGAUCAAAGCUAAGCGUCGGAGACAGAGUAAGUAAAGCGCCUAGUCCACGCAGAAGAGACAGAGAGGGGUAUUUUGAGAGUGAGAGGGAGAAUUGGGAAAGGGCAAAGACAAGAGAUGGGAAGAGAGACACAAAAAGCGAGGGAGACAGUGAUGGAGGAGCAGGGAAACGGUGGGCAAAGGACCGAGAAAGGGAAUCCCAUCACAGCCGAAGCGAGGGGGACACCGAACGGCAUAUGAGAAAUAAGGGCAGAGACGUGCCUCGAUACAGAGAUGACGAGAGGCAGAGGCACAGAGAUGCCAGGCAGCGAGACCAGGCCAUCAGCUCUGAGAAAACAAGGGACUUGUACAGAGAGAGGGACCGGAGAAAGGAGAGGGACUUUGCGGAGGACUCGAGACGGUCAGAUACUACUGUCAGAGACAGAAAGGAGCGGAGGCCAGAGGACAGACAGAGGGCAAGUGACGAGCGAGUGCGACACAGGUAUAGGGAGGAGGAGGAGAGACAAUACAGGGCAAGAGCGGAGGAGGAGAGAAGGUACAGGGACAGACGAGAAAGACCAGCAGACCCACGGCAGUAUGACCCAGGCACAGGCAACGCAGGCAAGCCAGUGAGUGAAACGCCCCCCAAGGCACUGCCCCGAGACCAGAGUAGCGGUGAGUGGAGCAGUGAUCUAGACAGCGAGAUCAGACAGACUUGGACUAAAGACAGUUAUGAGGAAAGGGAGUCUGAGGGUGAAAGCACGGCGGAAAGCGAUCGAGAUGUUGGGCGAGAUCGUAGCAGGGCCGUAGCCAGCCGAUGCGUUGAUGAAUUAGAGCGAUCAGCCGAACGACGAGGGGAGAGGACGGGCCCUGUGCCGCAGCACAGGAGGAUGUGGUUGGAGCCACAGAGGAGGAAAUGUAGCAAAGACUCCUCUUUAGAAGAUGAAUUUGUUGAGGCGCGAACCGGGCUUACAGACAAAACCAUGGGGCAAGAGAGGAGGUCAGGUAUAGAGGGGGGGAAGGAACGUGGGAGACCACUAGAGGAGCCCUAUCGGAGGUUAUCAGAUGAAGGACGACAGGUUGAUCGACCCAGAGACCCCAAAGAAGAGACCGAAGGUGUCAGUGUAGAUGCAGAGGAGUUCUUGGCAGAAAGGGAAAAGGAGGUGAUGGAGUCUCCUUUGAGUGCCCAAAGAAGGGGUUUCAGGGACGCCGGGCAAGGGGGCAUGAAAGAUGGUGUAAAACAGGGUGAGAGAGAUCCCGGGAGCGAUUGCACACGUUCAGAGAGCGAAGGAGGAAGUGAGACAGGGUGGGACCUAGGCAGAGACAAAGUGUUAUCUGGAGAGGACGGUUUUAUUACCGUCUCGAGUGGUGGUGAUGAGGAAGACGAGAGGGAGGAGUUUGAAGACUGCAGUGAAUUCUGGGAAGAUGGACAUUCUUACCAUGGCCCUCAAGCAGAAGAAAUGGGAAGACGCAAUAGGCAAAGAGAAGACAAAGAAUAUGUCAUCGAAGAAGAGGAAAACGAAGAAGAAGCAGAAGCCGCACCGCCGGGAACGGAGAUGCCCCCCAAGUAUGUGUUCUGUGUCAUCGGGCAAACGGAGCCGCUGGAGGAGCACAGCGAGCCAUCCGAGACGGAUCAGCUGGAAAAAGUGGAAGACAACGUGCCAGGAAGCCGUCUGCCCUGUGAUGUUGAAACGGCAGCACAGCCCCUCCAUGACACGCAUCCUGUUCUCAGUCGUACUACAGAACUACAUGACGGCGAUGACCAGCACACACCAGACUCCACCAAGAGACAGCCCACCGAGGAUCCCUCGCCGAGCAAUGAGAGCUCCUACACUGCUGAGUCUGCCUCCCUGAUGGAUGUCAAGCACCGGGAAACUGGCGUCCGAACGGAGAGGGACCCCGAGCACCCCUACGCUGAGAUCAGAGCGGUGAGCAGGGAUGAACAGACGGAGCAGCUCCUGGUGCAGUGGAGAGACAAACAAAGCGAGUACAGAGGUCUGCCGGAGAGCAGCCCGGCCCAGGAGGGGCCCGACCGGGUCUACGCCGACACUCGUGGUGAUGUGGUGGUCUCACAGGAGAAGUCGGUGCCCCUUCCGACCCACCCACAGACCACACAACCUGAGGACGUUAGGCCAGGGGAGGCGGAGGAGGACGAGGAGGACGAGGUGUCCAUCCGUGUCCGCAUGAGCGGGGCCUGGGGCAUGGAGGAGGAGGCCAAGCGACGCUCCCAGGCCCCGCACCUCAAGUGGGCCAAAAACGUGGUGAGAAAGAUCCUGGGCUCCUCCGAGGAAUGUGGCAUCGACCAAGACACCCCGUCCUCACCGGGGAACCUGGCUGAGCCGACCCGGCCCGAGGUGGGGGCCCAGGCGGCCGGACUAGAGGGACACACAAAGCCAGACACCACAGCCACCUCCGGCGACGGACAAGAGUCGCUGGGCAGCGACCAUGACUCAGGGCCAGAGGUGGAUGAGGGGAACACGGAGCCGCUGGAGUCGGAGGAGCUGAGAGGUAGGGCGCAGAGCCGCCGCGACAUGCAUGCUGAGUCGUGCGCCGACAUGCAUGGAAUCAACGCUGCAUACACUCAUACCGACACACGCGUGGUAGUGCAGGGCCCUGCGAUUCAUGUGGACAGAGAGGCAGGGGACCCCCAGAACCCGAGGGCUGACGGGACGCAGCUGGCCGAUGGGGCAGCGGGGGGGUCAGGGGAAGGGGAGGGGGACGGCAGGAAUGAGGUGGAGAUGAUGGCGCAUAAGGAGGCCAUGAGGGCAAAGGAGGUGGAGAUGUAUCUCUCUGUGAGCAACACCCUGUACAAGCCCCGCAGCUGUCCCUGUCUAAACUAUGACUCGGAUGCCAACCCCCUCGGAGAGACCACCACCGCCCAGCACAGCCAAGGGCAGGAGGGUGUGGGGGGGCCGGGUGAGGGGGAGAAAGGGGAAAAGGGCCAGGCGACUGAGGAGAGCAGUGUUGUUGUGUUGAGGCAUGGAGGGAGUGGGUCAGAGGAGGAACAGGGGAGGGAGUGGGGGGAGGUAGGGAAGCUGGCCGAGGGGCGAGAAGCCACCGCGGUGGUGGGCAGAAGCUGUAGUUUGCUAGAGCUGGGCACCAAGGGGCCCACGCGACGAGGGGGAUUCCGCAAAACAACCGAGCGAAGAAAAGAAGAGCAUGUAGAGGAGAAGGAGGAGGAAGAGGAGGAGGAAGAAGAAGGAGAUGUUGGAAGGGACCGCAGAACCAGAAUUUUCGCCGCCACAGACGAGGAGAGUGCCUUUUCCGAAACCUGGGGAGAAGAAGACCUCAGGAAUGUUUUGGACAAAGUUGGAAGAAAUAAAAGGAACUCCAAGAUUUUCAACGCUGCCCAGCUCUACCAGCAGUACAGCGAGGAGGCUCAGAACAUAGAGAUCCUGCGCCAGUCGCACUUCACCGUUGUGCCUGUCCACGCGGAGCGCCCCGCCGGGCCCCUGCCGUCCGGACCCCCGACCUCGGCUCCUCCCGCUCCCCCCUCUGCCCCCGCCAGCAGGCCCCUGCCCCCGCUCCCACUCGUCCCUCACCCUCACUCGCUGUCCAGCUCGCUGUCAAGCUCGCGGAGCAGCGGCAGUGCCAAGAACCUGCCCCUCCCCGAGACCCCUAAGGCCGAGCCCCGCCCCCCGUCCCCGCGCCUCUCCAUCUCCCUGGGCCAGUCCACCUCGCUGUGGCAGGACCUGCCGGGGGUCCGCAACAGCACAGACCUGGGGCAGCUCUCGGAGGACCAGAGGCGUCUGCAAGAGGUGCGGUUUGAGGUUGUCACCUCGGAAGCGUCGUACUGCCGCAGUCUGGACAUCGUGGUGGAGCAUUUUGUCAAGUCUAAACAGCUGGGGGUGCUGUUAACUACUCAGGACAGAAGCUGGCUCUUUUCCCGCUUCGCCGAUGUCCGCGCCAUAAGCCACAGUUUUCUGUCAAAGCUGGAGGAGAAGGUGGAGUCCGACAUGCUCCAGUUCACUGUGUGUGACGUCAUCGCCCGACAUUGCCAACGCUUCAAGAUGGUUUAUGUGCCCUAUCUCACCAAUCAGUCAUACCAAGAUGCUACCUACCAGAGGCUGAUGAAUGAAAACCAGAGGUUCAAGCGGGUGGUGGAGAAGCUGGAGAGGAGUCCGGUAUGCCAGAGGCUUCCCCUGCGCUCCUUCCUCAUCCUCCCCUUCCAGAGGAUCACACGCAUCAAGCUGCUGGUCCAGAACAUAGUGAAAAGGACCGCCCCCGGUACAGAGGAGGUGGUGCAGGCCAUCAAAGCACUAAAACUGCUGGAGAAGAUGAUACAAGAGAGCAAUGAUAGUAUUUCCCAGAUGAAAAGCAUCGAGUCCCUAGUCUCCCUCAGCGCCAUGGUGGACUUUGAGUGCAAGACUCUGCCACUGGUCAGCCAGUCUCGGCGUCUGGUGAGGGAGGGGCCGGUGACGGAGCUGAUGGAGUUCUCUGUGAAGGACACGGAGAGGAGCAUCUACCUGCACCUCUUCAACGACCAUCUGCUGCUGUCGCUUCACAAAGAAGGGGGAAGAUUCACUGUAAUUGACCACUCCCCCGUGUCGGACCUACGUGCUGAGAACUGUCGGGUGAAGCUUCACUCCCUGCAGAAGAACCUAUUCCGGCUGCACCUCUCGCAGAAAGCCCUGCUGCUGAGAACUGACACACAGAACGAUAAGCUGCGUUGGAUCUCUGCUAUAUCCCGGCCCCAACCUGAGGUGGAUUUCUCCGCUGCACAAGAUUUUACGCAGAUGCAGUGUAUACGUGCGUUUAUCACUCAGCAACCCGAUGAGCUGUCCCUGGAGAAAGCUGACGUCAUACUGGUGCACCAGCAGAGCGGCGAUGGCUGGGUAGAGGGGACUAAACUCUCUGACCGGCAUCGUGGUUGGAUGCCUGAAUCCCACCUAGAGACCAUCACCAACUCGGGAGUCUGCCAACGCAAUCUGCAGGACGCCCUCAAACUGACCACGGCCACCGCUGCCGUGUGAGCAACACCCCAUUGGGGGAGGGCCGACGCACACCCCAUUGGGAGAGGACUCAUUGAGAUUGUGGUGGAUUCACUGCAUAGCAAGUGAAUGCAAGCUGGCCAUCUGUGGAGGCUAGCUGAAAUGUGGAGGACACUGAGGCACCAAAGACUCUGUUCAUAGAGAAACAGACUGACGACCAAACGAUGUCCAUUGCAGUGUUGUUGCUGGGCUUUUGGGUUGUAUGUAGCAGGGGUUUUGGCUGACAGUCGAAGAAAAGUAUAUAUCAUGAGCGAUGGCGCCUGUGAUGCAGUCAGGAUCGGUCUGUGGAAAAACGACUGUUUAGGGCAUGGCAAUAGUUCAAUACGAAAGAACUCACAAAGACAUGUUCUCUUGAAUAAUUAUAUUUUAAUAAAAAUACUAGAUACAAAAUACUAGAGAGACACACACACACACACACACACACACACACACACACACACACACACACACACACACACACACAGACACACACACAGAGAAUGUUUUGUCUUGAAUCUGUAUUUGUGCAUAUAAAAAGAAUGCAUGUUGGCCAAGUAUGAACCAAUGACAUUGGUGCAAUCAAACAUUUUGAGCUAUAUUACAUAUAUUUCAUGAAAUAUGUAAAUUAAAGCCUUCUCAAUCAUGAAA